CCAAAACGUUAGGGCUUUAUGGGUCGCGCAGUGAGGCAUCCCGAGAUUGUAUGGGCUCAGCGCUCCGACAAGCUCUUCCUCACCGUGGAGCUGCCCGAUGCCGUGGAUCCCAGCGUCGAGCUCCAGCCGGAUGGGAGAUUUGUGUUCCGCGCCGCCGCCGCUGAUUCCGCCCCCUACGAGGCGAGCCUGGAGCUGUAUGGAAGCGUUAGUGUAGAGGAGAGCAAAGUCAACGUUGGAUCCAGACACACGCUUUGCAUCAUCCACAAGCAAGAACAGGGGUGGUGGAAGCGGCUGCUCAAGUCGGAGGGGAAAAUGCCUCCUUACGUGAAGGUGGACUGGAACAAGUGGAUUGAUGAAGACGAAGAAGCUGACUCCAAGGGCCACGACACAUUCAGUCUCGCCCGCAAGGGAGCUUCCUCUUCCUGGGAUCACCAUUUCAACACCGAAGCUGAUGGCGAGGAUGAAGAGGGGAUGCUUUAUCUUCCAGAACUAGAAAAGGAGGCCUAGCGACUUGUGACUACGUAUAUGAGUCGAGACUGUCCUCGUUUGCAGCUAAGUUCUUUCGUUUAAAAACUUGGAACUUCUCCAGGGUCUGGCCUUUU